UGCGUGUAUGGCAUGAUCAACAAAACGAACAAAACAGAUCAAAUUGUUAGAGUUAAUUAUUGUGAGUUAAGUUAUUUAUCAUACGAAAUGGUUAUUUGCACAUAUUUUCAGAGCAACAAUUGCCGUUUCGGCUCAAAAUGUAACAAAGAUCACAUUGAUUUAUCAACUGUAAUCAAAUCGGAAGUGGAUGCCACACUGAAAGGCAACCAGUGGCCACUCUCCUGCUUCGGCCCAUUCAAAGAGAAUAAAUGCGUGCCCAAUUUCAUCGAAGAUUAUAGCUUUGAAGAGAUAAGAAUGAUGUAUUUGGAUGCUAAAAUGCAAAACAACAUUCCCGCCCAUCAGAUGCAGCUUCUUCAAAUGAUAAAUGAGGCUAAACAAAAAAUGCAGUGGCUGGCGGCUACCAACAGAGAGGCGAUGAGCGUUCUAGUUGAUUUGUAUAACCAACAGGGAGAGUCAUCCGCACCUACCGGACAGUCCAAUCCUUUUGCGGCUCCCGCUGUUGGUAAUGCAACUGUUCCCACUACAAAUAUUUUUGGAAGUGAUAACGCUUCUAGUUCUGCAUUUUCCACCAACCAAUCCGCAAAUAUAUUUGGAGCUGUGCCCAAUCAGCCGGUAGGGAAUAUUUUCGGAAACAGUGCUCCAGGAACGUCUUUGGGUGGAAAUAUAUUCACGAAACCACAGGGCACUACCGGCGGCACAUUCGCUUUGCCUUCUCUGGGCCAACAGCAGAACUCAUCCGGUGUAUUCGCUCCGUCUGUAUUCGGAGCAACAGGAGCCUCUUUAUUUACCCAAAAUCAACCGCAGGCGCAAACGGGCGGCUCUAUUUUCGGUGGGACAGUUUCAUCUUCCUCGAGUAAUCUGUUCGCUCAAUCAUCGCAGCAAUCAAUUUUCGGACAGUCUGCUACAAAUCAAAACAUUUUCGCAGCUGCAACGCAGCAACCUCAGGCAAAUGUUUCACCGUUCAAUCCCACCCCUGCUCCGGCAGCAACCAAUUUGUUCACCAGUACUAAUUUCGGAAAUGCAGUUGUUGCCCAACCUCAGCAAACGGCAUUCUCUCCCUUCGGAGCACAACAAACCCCCGUACCGUUCGGACAAGCUGUCCCACAACAGCAAUCCUCACAAGGACUGUUUGUUCCGACACCACAAGCCGUACCACAACAACAAUCUUCCACUUUGGGUCAGUCGAACUUUGGAAGUUCCCAGCCAUCCACGUUCGGAACAAACGUGGUUCAACAAAGUGGUGGGGCUCUCACACAACCAGCGGUUGCCAGCCAGUCGACAACCUUAUACAGUCGCGUGGAAGAUUUGCGCAAGCAGGAUCUGGAUGCAUUCCAGGCCGACCGGUUUGAGUUGGGUAAAAUACCCAUUGUUCCACCACCUAACGAGUUAUGUUAGUACCAAGAAAGCUAAUAUUUUUGUUCUAUCGAAGAUAAUAAAAAUAAGCCUUGAAAAAUUUGGCACAACUAUUCGGUGUUUUGUUGUAAGACUAUG